AAGCUGAAUCAGAGGAAUUGUACAAGAGGUUUAAGAGUUUUAAGAGUGAGUUUGUUAAAUUGCUUAGGGUCACUUUCUCUGCCUAUUUACCUACCUGGCACGAAUUACUAUCGAGGAUUUAAGGUAAGGCAAAACGUUUCAUAUGAUCAACUUAUAUAUAGAGAUGUACAUUUGGGGAUUCGUUCAUUUAAUUUAUUUGUGAAAACUAUGUUUGUUAUAAGAUUGUUGUCCAUUUAUGCAACUAAUGUAUUUUGUAUUCUUGAGUGUUUGUUAUUAGAUUGUAUUUAUGCAACGCAAUGGACGCGAAAAGAGCAUGAAACAAUGCAUAAAUUAUUGAUCAAACAAUCACGUUAUUGUACUCGGGACGAACAUAUUUCGAUCCGGCAAGGGAAAAAUUCAGAGCAGCCACUGGAUUGGGACGAUUACAAGUCGAUGAGGUUUACGCGUGCUGUUGUCUUUGAGACAAUGAGGUUGGCCAAUGUGGUCAAUGUGGUACUGAGGAUGAUAACAAGAGAGAUGAAAUUGAAUGGAUUUCUUGUUCCAAAAGGCUGGAGAAUAUAUGUCUACACAAGAGAGGUCAAUUAUGACCCAAUUCUCUAUCAAGAGCCCCUUAAAUUCAAUCCCUGGAGAUUGGCUGGAGGAACUAGGCUUUGCCCUGGGAAAGAACUGUCGGGAUCAAUCAGCAGGCUAAUGCAAUCAGAGGUUGGUGGGAGUGAAGUAGGUUUCGCGAGAAUACACCCAACUUGGAAUUGUCACAAUAUCAGUUUUUCUUCACUAUUUUGUAACUACAUGCAG